UCGCAUUGGGCUCGCCGAUCAACUCCGACCACCGCCACCGCCACAGCCACCGCCACCACCAGCGCCGUCGCCACCGUCGCCUCCACAGUGAGCAGAGACACAUGGCGGGCUCGGACCUCUUCACUCCGUACAGGAUGAGCAAGUUCGACCUCUCCCACAGGAUCGUGCUGGCGCCGAUGACGAGGUGCAGGGCGCUGGGCGGGAUCCCGCGGCCGGCGUUGGCGGAGUACUACGCGCAGAGGUCGACGGCCGGCGGGUUCCUCAUCUCCGAGGGGACCAUGAUCUCCGACACGGCGGCUGGGUUCCCACAUGUCCCGGGGAUCUACAGUGAAGAGCAGGUGAGAGCAUGGAAGAAGGUGGUGGACUCUGUUCAUGCCAAGGGCAGCGUUAUCUUCUGUCAACUUUGGCACGUUGGCCGUGCAUCCCAUCAAGUUUAUCAGCCCGGGGGAGCUGCACCGUUGUCGUCGACGAACGGGCCAAUAAGUCAGAGGUGGAGGAUCCUGAUGCCAGAUGGGUCUCAUGCCAUUUAUCCCGAACCCAGAGCUCUGAAGCACUCUGAGAUACAGGACAUGGUUGAGCAUUAUCGCCGGGCUGCCGUAAAUGCCAUUCAAGCCGGAUUCGAUGGAAUUGAGCUACAUGGAGCACAUGGCUACCUCAUCGAUCAAUUCUUGAAGGAUGGGAUAAAUGACCGGACAGAUGAAUAUGGCGGAUCCAUUGGAAACAGAUGCAAAUUCAUAAUACAGGUUGUCAAAGCUGUGGCAAUGGCCAUCGGGCCAGAUCGAGUCGGAGUCAGAAUAUCACCGGCAAUCGAUCACCUCGAUGCCAUGGACUCCGACCCCCCUAAGCUGGGCCUAGCCGUCAUCGAGAGGCUCAACAAGCUUCAGCUAGAUCUUGGCUCAAGGCUGGCUUAUCUCCACGUGACUCAGCCACGGUACGUGGCUUAUGGCCAAACGGAAUCUGGCCGACUUGGGAGCGAGGAAGAGGAGGCCCAACUGAUGAGGACUUGGAGAAGGACUUAUCAGGGCACUUUUAUUUGCAGUGGAGGGUUCACACAAGAGCUUGGUAUGAAAGCCAUAGCCGAUGGCGAUGCAGAUCUGGUAUCGUAUGGUCGUCUGUUCAUUGCCAACCCUGAUUUGGUCUUGAGAUUUAAGAUUAAUGCACCUUUGACCAAGUAUGUUAGGAAGACUUUCUAUACCCAAGAUCCUGUAGUUGGGUACACAGACUACCCUUUCCUCGAAAGCGGGAAGCGGAAAUUACUGUCGCGCCUAUGAGUCCAUGACUAGGUUUUUUGUUCAGAUUAAUAAGAUGCUGUGUUUUGCUUUUA